AUGAAAAAAGCAGCGUUUUCGGUUCCUCCCAAUUCUAACGGAGGUGGCGGCGGUGGUCAUCGGAGAGAUAAAUCUUCUCCUCCCUUCCAUCCCAUUAACCCGAAAAAGAAACUUAAACAAUCAGAAAGCACGAGAGUGUGCGUUGGGAAAACUCUCAAAGUAGACUUAAAGACGCUGACGGAAAACUCAACCAGAUUCUCCAAUGUUGAGAGGGGUAGGUUCGCGAGAGUGUGCGUGGAGUUAGAUCUCCAAAAGAAACUGGUGCCGAGAGUAAUUGCAGCAAACUCUAUUUACAAUGUGGAGUAUGAAGGUCUCUAUCUUAUUUGCUUUGUGUGCGGUCGAUACGGUCAUCGCAAGGAAACUUGUUCAUGGACGCUCAGGAAUCCGCAGCAGCUGGACCCAAGGAACUCAAAUGAGACGAAAUCAGAUGCAGCAUCGACUUCAAGGUUGCAGCAGGAAAAAAAUAGAGAGCAACCAGAUCAGGACUCAUCGACGGCGAAUUUGAAAAUAGCCGCGGAGGAAGAGUUUGGGAGCUGGAUGAUAGUCAAUCGACGAGGCAGAUUCCGUACACAAAAAAAUAAUAUGGUUAAAGAAACUAAAAGAAAUAUUGGGAGUGGCUCGAGGAAUGUCAGAGGGCACAGGGGAGAAAACUCUCAGAUUCAGUUCACUGUACUAGAAGGUUUACAGGAAGAUGAGAUGGUUCUGUCAGAAGAUAAUAAGAUUGUAGAGAGAGGAGAAGCCGAAUGGUGGCAGAGAGAAGACAAUCUAGUCCAAAAAGGUCAGAUGGAGAAGGAAAAUAGGUUGGAAAAGAGCACUCAAGACGUGGUGGGGUAUGCAGGAAAAGAAAAAAAGAGGAGGAUCAAGAAAGGGGCUGGAAAUAAGAUGUUUCCAGCAACUGUACAAGAAGUGGUGAGGAGGUAUGAUAUAAACGUCCUGUGCCUCUUGGAAACAAGAGUUAGUGGGUGUAGAGCUGAUGAAGUGGUAAGACGGUGUGGGUUUAGUAAUUGGCUGGGUGUGGAAGCGUCUGGGUACACAGGGGGGAUUUGGGUCCUGUGGAAUGAUCAUGAAAUGCAAGUAAAUUACAUCUGUUCUAGUACGCAAUUAUUACACUGCGAAAUUUGUGACUUGAGAAAUGGUGAAAAGUACCUUACCUCUUUUGUUUAUGGGGAAACUUCUAGAGCAAAAAGAAUGAAUCUCUGGCAUUCUCUGAGAACAAUUGCAGGACACUUAGAGAGGGCUUGGUUAGUUGUAGGGGACUUCAACACCUUCCUAAAACCCCAGGAUAAACUUGGCGGAUCCCCUCCUAAUUAUCAAGCUAUGCGUAACUUUGCUGAUUGUGUUUCAGAUACGGGACUUAUGGAGAUACCUAUUGUUGGAGAACGUUUUACUUGGGAAAAGAAGGGAGUGAAAGAAAGGUUAGAUUGGGCUUUUGGUAACCUUGAAUGGGAACUGAACUUCUCAUAG